AUGCCAAAGCUGAAACUUCGAGACACCAUCUGGAUUCCUACUAACAAUAACAAGAACUUUUUUAUUGUUUGUUAUACAGAUAUAGGCCCUCAGUCCGAUGGUAUUUUGGAUGAAUUACGCCGAGCUGAAAUCGGUAUUCGAGCCGGAUCAAAAGUAUUUAUUAUUCCUCUCACUUGUGCGCUUGGAAUACGAAAAGUUGUGGAUAAACAGAAAACAUUGCCCAGUGUAUCCAUGGGUAUUACUGGUGCGGAUAGGGUAACAAAUGCCGUCGAAGAUAAUUUACCGGUAGCUACACCAUUGUCAAGAAUCAAUAGGUCAUGGUAUCAAUUCUUUAAAACUAUCCGAGCACGUAUGAAUGUACAUAAGAUCAUUGGAUUGAUUCAAUAUCAAUCGUCACUGACAUUUGAUUAUCUAUUCUUUUGUGUGUUGGCAUCAUUGAUUGCUGGUCUGGGACUAUUAGAAAAUAAUACUGUGAUUCUAGUAGCAAGUAUGCUCGUAUCGCCACUGAUGGGUCCAAUCAUGGGUUUCGUUAUUGGUAUACGCGUCCUUGAUAAGAAGUUAUGGCUAUCUGGAAUCAAAUCAGAGUGUACUGGUAUUUUAGUUGCUGUGCUAACUGGAUUUCUUUUUGGAUUGUGCACGACAUGGUCCGAAACAAAGUGGGGCUCGAGUGCAUCAUUUCCGACCGACGAAAUGCGCAGCAGGGGUGAUUAUCGACGUCUGUGGUUUGGUGCAUUAGUUGCACUACCAAGCGGUGCUGCAGCUGCUCUGUCUAUUCUUGGUGGUAACUUUGGUUCACUGGUUGGCGUCGCUAUCAGUGCUUCUCUCCUCCCGCCGGCCGUCAAUACAGGCCUAUUAUUUAGCUAUAGUCUCCUAUCUGUCGCACAACCAGAUAUUGGUCGUCAUUCCCUUGAAAAAAUUAAUCGAACAGUAACUAAUAUUUUUCCAUCAACGUUUGUCAACUGCACUGCAUUUGUGAACAACGAUUAUUUACCUCUUUAUUCAUGCGAUAUGCCGAAAGAAGCGGCUCAAUUAGGAAUUUUUUCGUUUAUCAUUACAUUUAUCAAUAUCAUGUGUAUUUGUAUAAUGGCAUUAAUUGUAUUACUUAUUAAAAGAGUAGUACCAAUUAUUCCAGAUAACGAAAUUACUCAACUCUGGCGUUUAGAAAAGAAGAGCGCAGGUGCCGCAUUUAAUAAUAAAAUUUAUGUCGAACUAGAUAAUGAAAAUGCACAAGAAUUAGAGCAGAUUUCAAACGAAUUUGGCCAUGUUAAUGGAAUUUUACAGCAGCACAAAGAACAUAUUGUUUAG